CAUCUCUAUCACCUCCAACAUUUCUAACAACACCCUUCGUGUCUCUCCGAUCGUUCAACACAAUACGAAACGACCUCUAUCCACUGCUUGUUGCCGCUGGUGUACCCUACUUACCUACGUGUUGCUGCACACAGGGUUGGUUCAUCGGCCGUCAUGGCGGAGCUUGAAUUCCUUGCAGCAAAUCCAAAUGAGUAUCGGGACUCGACAAUAAGCGUUCUUCUUCCUGACGGCCCCAUUGUUCGCGUGGCAGAUGUAUCCUACCUUUUCAUCACUAGCAAAUGUCCAUUACUCUCCUACACUUUCGAAAGCUCGCUCGACGGUGGCUACCAAGCAUGUAUCGAGGUCACAUCUGAAGCCGCCAUGGUUCGCUUGCUGCGCUACAUCUAUACGGACAGCUACCUAACGUCGGAUGAAGAAAGUACCCUCAAUAUCUCGCUGCUCACGCACGUGGAGACAUACAAAAUCGCACGAGACUAUGACCUCCCAGCACUUCAGCUUGCAGCAAAUUCUAGCCUCACUCGUGCUGUUGAAAUCUCAUGCAGCGUACCAAAUCCGCCUUCCGGACUAUGUGAUACGAUACGUUUCGUUUACAAGCAUCUCGCCGCAGAACAGUGUCUCUUAGAUACUCUGCUGAACUACUGCGUCUCUGCUUUUAGAUAUCAUCGCUUCGGUACGGACCCGGAGUUCCAACGAGUUGCUUUUGAGAUUCCCAAAUUCCAUCAGGACAUAUGCAUAACAAAUCACGAGCGCGAUUUCCAGGAUGAAGGUAAGUCAAUGUCACCACAAAGCGUCUCUUCCGCUCACAGUACGCAGGCGCCUCGGACAUUGUUGCAAUGUCUGCCUCUCGUCCACACGACAGGUCGAUAGCCCUAUUUGACAUGGAUGCGCGCACUCACGCUGAAUUCCACUUCGACGACACUUUCGAUCCCCAACUUCGCGACGUAGUUGAUGAGAGCCAUUCCCCA